ACUGAGACGGAAAAAUAAAAGCGCGGGCUUCCUUCUCCUGGGCCUUCAAAAUUGGGAGGUUACGUUGGGAAGCCCCCUUCAGGAGGAUCAUUUUCCGUUUCCCUUCACGUCCGCUCUCCGUCCUUAAAGUAAUCUCCGUAUUUCUCGAAGGUGCUCCAGUAAUCGAGAUGGUUGGAUUUGGGGGGCGGGUGUGUGUGUUUUCCUCAUUAACUCGGACUUCCGCCCAGGUCCAAGAUGGCCGGUUGAGCGGCUUUUCCAACCUUAAGGGGGCUUAGGGCCCUCGGCCCGCUGAGCUGGUCGCGGGCGUGGAGUGGACGCUGAACGGCACACGCUGGCGCUGCAGCUCGGGCGUCGCCAUGGACUGGAAGGAAGCUCUCCGCCGGCGGCUAGCGACGCCCGGCGCCGAAACGAAGGGGAAAAAAAGUGAACAAGAACUAAAAGAUGAAGAAAUGGAUUUAUUUACCAAAUACUAUUCAGAGUGGAAAGGAGGUAGAAGAAACACAAAUGAGUUCUAUAAGACCAUUCCUCGGUUUUAUUAUAGACUGCCAGCUGAAGAUGAAGUCUUACUGCAGAAAUUAAGAGAGGAAUCCAGAGCUGUUUUUCUGCAAAGGAAAAGUAGAGAACUGUUAGAUAAUGAAGAAUUACAGAAUUUAUGGUUCUUGCUGGACAAACACCAGACACCACCUAUGAUUGGAGAGGAAGCAAUGAUAAAUUAUGAAAAUUUUUUGAAGGUUGGUGAAAAAGCUGGACCAAAGUGCAAGCAAUUUUUCACAGCAAAAGUCUUUGCUAAACUCCUUCAUACAGAUUCCUAUGGAAGAAUUUCUAUCAUGCAGUUCUUCAACUAUGUGAUGAGAAAAGUUUGGCUUCAUCAAACCAGAAUAGGACUCAGUUUAUAUGAUGUUGCCGGACAAGGCUACCUCCGGGAAUCUGAUUUAGAAAAUUAUAUAUUGGAGCUUAUCCCUACUUUGCCACAAUUAGAUGGGCUGGAAAAAUCCUUUUACUCCUUUUACGUUUGUACUGCAGUUAGGAAGUUUUUCUUCUUUUUAGACCCUCUAAGAACAGGGAAGAUAAAAAUUCAAGAUAUUUUAGCAUGCAGCUUCCUAGAUGAUUUGUUGGAGCUCAGGGAUGAGGAACUAUCCAAGGAAAGUCAAGAAACAAAUUGGUUUUCAGCUCCCUCUGCCCUAAGAGUUUAUGGUCAAUAUUUGAAUCUUGAUAAGGAUCACAAUGGCAUGCUCAGUAAAGAAGAACUCUCCCGCUAUGGAACAGCAACGAUGACCAAUGUCUUCUUAGACCGUGUCUUCCAGGAGUGUCUCACUUAUGAUGGAGAAAUGGACUACAAGACCUACCUUGACUUCGUUCUGGCAUUAGAAAACAGAAAAGAACCUGCCGCUCUGCAGUAUAUUUUCAAACUACUUGAUAUUGAGAACAAAGGAUAUCUGAAUGUCUUUUCACUUAAUUAUUUCUUCAGGGCCAUACAGGAACUAAUGAAAAUCCAUGGACAAGAUCCUGUUUCAUUUCAAGAUGUCAAGGAUGAAAUAUUUGACAUGGUAAAACCAAAGGAUCCUUUGAAAAUCUCUCUUCAAGACUUAAUCAACAGUAAUCAAGGAGACACAGUCACCACCAUUCUAAUUGAUCUCAAUGGCUUCUGGACGUAUGAGAACAGAGAAGCCCUUGUUGCAAAUGACAGUGAAAAUGCUACAGACCUUGAUGAUGCCUGACUUAUGAAACCAUGAAUGCUGUAUGAAAACCUUUAGAGUUCUCAGAAAAGGUCUAAAUAAAACAUUUCCAUAUGCCUGUAUAAUACA